AAGAGAGAAAGUCCAUUGAUUUUUGCAAAUACCCCUUGUUUAUUCCUACUGAUCUUGAUUUGGAAGCCUACAUUGCUCAUAGGGUUUAUUAAUUUGGAAUGCUCUCCUGAAUCAAUAAUCUUACAAGUAAAUGACGCUAGAAAUGGUGUCACAAAAAAAGAAAGGACCUAGGACAAAUAUAGUGAAGAGUUCAUUUAUACCACCGGGUGCAUUAAGAAGGGCAAGGGGACAUGGACAUCAAUCAAGAUCAUUUUUACCUAUGACAUCCACACAAAGUCAAACUGCAUCAAUUGCACGUUGUUCGUUAGAGCCACAUAAUGACAUCUCUCUUUUUCAAGAUGUUGAUCAUAGGGAAGAAGAUGGUGGAGUACAAGAACAAAUACCUGAACAAGUGCAUGAAGAAUGUAAUACAACAAGGCAACAUCAAAGUAAUAAUAAUCCAGCUUAGGAAGAAACACAAGAAGGUAUUUCCACUAUACAAAAGAAGAGAAAAACAAGAGGAAUGAACAAGGGUAAAAAGAUUGCAGCACUUAAGGAUGGAGAGAAACUGGAUGUAGUUUUUUAUAAUAAUCGAGUUGUUGGAGAAAAUCAUGCAGAAUGGUCAAGACAUUUGGGCAAAAUAGUGCGUGACCCAAACAUUUGUCCAAUAAGAGUGCACUCAUGGAAGCAAAUUGGAGAAGAUGCAAAAGAUCAUAUGUGGGAUUCAGUCAAGGAGAAAUUUAAAAAUGUUGACAUUGAGCUAUAUCGAGGAAAGACUUUAUAGCAUAUGAAUCAUUUGUGGAAUAAUUGGAGAGGGGAUUUGAAAUGCCACAAUAUAAAGCCUUGUGGUUCUUUUCCAGAGUUGUUGAAAAAUGUUCCUCAAGGGAUGCAUCAAGAAGAUUGGGAGUGGUUAGUUAAGAACCAUUUUUGCACCAAAAAAUUUAAGGAAACAAGUGUUCGAAGCUCUGAAAAUAGGAAAAAUUUAACUAUGCUUCAUCGUACUGGUAGCAAACCUUACAAACAAAUUAUCUAUGAUUUGGGAGGCAAGGAUGGCAAUCCACCAGACAUUGGAACUAUAUUCUUUGAAACUCAUAAGAAGGGUGCAAAUUUGGUUGACUUUAAUGUUCAAGAGAAAUAUGAUCAAAUACGUGAUGUCAUCCAAUCCAACCCUUCUUUGUCUCAUAUGGAGGUUGUAGAACAAUGUUUUGAAACACGACAUCGUGAUCAAGUUAUUGGUUAUGGGGGUGGAAUAAAGGCAAAAGAAGUUAAGAAAUCUCAUUCCAACGUUGGCCUUCAAGAGGAGAAUCGAUUGCUUAAGGAUCGUUUGUCUGAAGUAGAAACUAGGAUGAAAUACCUGGAGGACUUAUUAUUGAGCCAAUACUCUAAUGCUCCAACUAGAACUUCUCUAUCUACAGAUCAAUCCACAUGA